AAAAGCAGUUGAAUGUGCCAUUUAAAUUUUCUUACAGGAUGAAACUGUAACAAUAGAAACAGUCUUUCCAUUUGAUGUUGCAGUUAAAUUUGUUUCUACAAAGUUUGAGCAUCUGGAAAGGAUUUAUGCUGACAUCCCCUUUCUGUUGAUGACGGAUCUUUUAAGUGCCUCACCCUGGGCCCUCACUAUUGUAUCCAGUGAGCUACAGCUUGCUCCUUCUAUGAGAGCAGUGGACCAGCUAGAGUCCCAAGUCGACAAAGUUGUCUUGCAGGCGGGGGAGAGUGCUAGUGAGUGCUUUUGUCUUCGGUGCCCAUCUCUCGGAAGUGCUGAAGGUGGAGCAGCGACGGGGCAUUAUAUAAUCUCCUGGAAGAGGACAUCAGCCAUGGAGAACAUCCCCGUCAUCAGUACAGUCAUCACUCUGCCACAUGUGAUUGUGGAAAACAUCCCUCUCCAUGUGAACGCAGAUCUGCCAUCAUUUGGGCGUGUCAGAGAAUCAUUACCUGUCAAGUAUCACCUACAGAAUAAGACUAACUUAGUUCAAGAUGUAGAAAUCUCUGUGGAGCCCAGUGAUGCCUUCAUGUUCUCAGGUCUCAAACAGAUUCGAUUACGUAUCUUACCUGGCACCGAACAGGAAAUGUUAUAUAACUUCUAUCCUCUGAUGGCUGGAUACCAGCAACUGCCAUCUCUCAACAUCAACUUGCUUAGAUUUCCUAACUUCACAAAUCAGCUGCUUAAGCGUUUUAUACCUACCAGCAUUUUUGUAAAGCCACAGGGUCGCCUCGUGGAUGAUACCUCUAUCGCUGCUGCAUAACGAUCAAGACAGGCCCUUGGCUGUUCUCCCGGAGAAGCUGGGCAGAGCUGUGUCGGCGUUUCAUUGUGAACUAUACCUUUGAUCAUGGUAAAAAGUUAAUCUUUUCUAUUUUUUAAUAGAUGUUAUACUUCUGUUGGAGGAGUUCAUACUUAAAAUAUUAACAAAAUCUGCCCUCUCUUACAGUUUCUGUAAUAAAUAUUUGAAAGUUGUCAGUAUGACAUGAAAGGAUAUCAAACCAUUGUUGUUAAAAGUCAUUUGUGAAUAAUAAAUGCUAGUAAAAGUAAGUGAUUUUGCAUAUGCAAUAUCAGAGGAAAUUAAGCAUCCCAAAUAUGACUGAACAAAGAAAGGAAAUGCACCAAUACCUCUACGAGUAAAGUUCUGAAUCCCCCAUGAGUCUCUUUCACAGUUGGCCAAACUGGCGAAAAAUCCAUCCUCAUAAAUGCAGUGUGUUCAGAAUACAGACACAACAACAUAAGCAGUUGUAUGACUGAUGUGGGAAACUUCCAGAAAGUUUUAACCAAAGCAGUUUAAUUAAGGUGUCAGAAAUAUAUUUACUUUCCAUCAAAAAAUGUCAGAUAGGUUCAGCUUGCAGGCAAAAUGUGGCUUACUUAUGAAUCAGCUUCAUAUUCCUUGCGGUGUUAAUAAGAUCCUCAUCUGAAAGGAUCUGAAUGCCACACAUUCGGUUAUAAGCCUAAUUUCCUAAAUUAAAGGUUUUAGGAAAAGAUGCAGGAUCUGAAUAAGAGCUUUUGGUUAUGUUGUGCAGUUUCAAAAGAACAAUUUAAAACUCUUGAAAAUUCAUGUAAAUACAAAUCAACAGGUGAAAAUCUUUUUUGUUAAAAUAUCUUAACAAUUUAAAACUACCUGAAUUUCUUGGAAAACUUUAUUAUUUAAAAAAGUGGAGGUAUUGUAAAAAGGAAAUAGUAUGUAAAUAAACAUUUCUCUUUCAACUA